GUCUGGCAGUCCACAAAUGAUAACAAGGACAAAGAAUGAAAAUUAAUGAGAAAGGGAAGUUGAUUGUCCUCCCACAUCCAUAUAAGCACUUCCCCCGGUGGUGUGGACGUCCACGUGUGGGGACAGAUGGACACGCCGGUCAACGUACCGAUGUGGUGUGGGUUUCCUAAGCACCACGCCGACUGCCUGCCUCUCCGGGCAGCACUUCUGCUCGGUGCCAUAAAAAGACAAAAAUACCCAGAAAGUUAGUCUAUAAUUGGAUGGAGCACCGUCUUUUUUUAUGCCGGAGAGCCACCCAGUGAAACCCUACACUUUGACUGUGGUUCCUCCCAUCUGAACCGGCCGUCCAGAGGAUGGCGCAGAACCUCACCUCACUUUUGACAAGGCUGUCCACUGGAUCCUGGCCCUGGAUUAAUCACCUGUAGGUCUUUCCUUCUGAUAGAAGUGAUCAGCGGUUUGGGCUCCCUGGGUGUGUGUCUCCUGAAGAUGCUGUGAUCCCACUUUUCUGGAAGCAAGUGUUCAUGUAGGAGAGGAGGAGAUUCACGAAGCCCUCCAGUCAAAGAGGAGGGUGGUUUACAAUCCAGGGGGGCUGUUGAUGGUCAGCGCAGCUUCUGACAGGAAAGGCUUUGAAGAAACCCAAGAUGGUAUUUCGACUGGGACUUAAGAUUUCUCAGGUCCUAAUCAUCCUUGCACUGACACUGUCAGCAGCAGAUACCCAGAGGGCAGGCUGUAAAAAUGUCCAUUAUGACUUGGUGUUCAUCUUGGAUACGUCAUCGAGUGUUGGCAAGGAGAACUUUGAGAAAGUCAGACAGUGGGUAGCUAACCUCGCGGAAUCCUUCGACAUCGGGCCGGAUAAAACACGGGUGGCCGUGGUCCGCUACAGCGACCGACCCACCACCGAGUUCAGCCUUGGGAGGUACAAAACCCUGGAGGAGGUCAGGAGGGCCGCGAGGAGUAUAAAGUAUAUCGGAGGCAACACUAUGACCGGAGACGCCAUCAGCUACAUAACCACCAACAUCUUCACGGAACGCGAGGGAGCCAGGCCUGCGGUCCUGGGCAUCCAGAGAGUAGCCAUCCUCAUGACGGACGGCCGGAGCCAGGACUACGUGCUGGAGCCCUCCAAAGCGGCCCAUGAGGCUGGGAUCAGGAUGUUUGCCGUGGGCGUCGGGGAGGCGCUCAAGGUGGAGCUGGAGGAGAUCGCCUCCGAGCCCAAGAACGCCCACGUCUUCCACGUCUCUGACUUCAAUGCCAUCGAUAAGAUACGAGGGAGGCUCAGGAGGAGGCUGUGCGAGAAUGUACUGUGUCCAAACAUGAAGGUGCGGGAAGACCGUUUCAAGCCCAACAGCACCAGCGCUGGCCUCACCGAGGUUCCAGGAUUUGACCUCAUGGAGUAUUUCAACGUUCGGGAUCUUUUGGGGUCGAGGUUUGAACCAGGCCAAAGCCCCUAUGUACGGCUUGGGACCUUGCCUGUUGUACAGAAAACUGAAGAUGUCUACCCUCAAGGUCUCCCCGAUGAAUAUGCCUUUGUGACCACAUUCAAGUUCAGAAAAACCUCUAGACGAGAAGACUGGUAUCUCUGGCAAAUCUUUGACAAAUACGGGAUCCCACAGGUAUCCAUCCGUCUAGACGGGCCAAACAAAGCCCUGGAGUACAACGCCGUGGGGCUGACCAAGGACGCCGUGAGAGCCGUGUUCAAGGACCCUGAGGUUGAGAACCUGUUUGACCGAAACUGGCACAAAAUCGCGCUCAGUGUCCAGGCCAAAUCGGUGUCCCUCUACCUGGACUGUAAGCAUCUACAAACACUGUCCAUCGAAGACAGAGAAGACAUUGACAUGAAUGGGAAGACAGUGAUCGGGAAGCGGGUGUACGACAGUGUGCCUAUCGACUUUGACCUGCAGAGGAUGGUCAUAUAUUGUGACUCCAAGCAUGCAGAGCUGGAGACCUGCUGUGACCUCCCCAAAGGCCCAUGUCCAAAGGAGGUUGUGAUCGAGCACCCCACUGCUGAGGUUCCCACCACCAGCCCCCCCAAAACCGACGAGCAGAAGAGCGGCCCCACAGCCGUUAACUGCACUUGUGCAGCAGGGACGAAGGGAGAGACUGGGCUACCAGGAAGAGAUGGCGCCAAGGGUGAAAAGGGUGACACUGGAAGUCAGGGUGAAAUUGGACCACCUGGCCUGAAAGGACAGAAAGGAGAAACUGGCAGAGCCGUUUCUAUCAAAGGUGACAGGGGUGAAAAGGGCGAUUUGGGAUCACCAGGAGAUUCAGGGUCCCGGGGAGACAAAGGGGAAAAGGGAUUACAGGGGCUGCCAGGCCUUUCCGGGAAAAAAGGAGAGAGAGGGGAAAGAGGUUUUAUUGGAGAAAGGGGAGAGAAAGGAUUACAUGGUCCUUUUGGUCCUAAGGGAGUGCAGGGCGAUGCAGGACUUCCCGGGUCACCUGGUCCCAAAGGUGUAUCUGGUGACACAGGCUUCAAAGGAGACAAAGGAGAAACUGGGGUCAGGGGUCCUCAAGGUCCUCCUGGAAAUAGUGGCCCAUCUGGGCCUCCUGGACCCCCGGGGUUACCUGGAGAAAUUGGGUUUCCUGGGAAGCUGGGAGAGCCAGGCAAACCUGGUUUGCCUGGUAAAGACGGCCUGGAUGGAUUCCCAGGAUCUGAUGGGGUGAAGGGGCCACCAGGGGAACCAGGUCUAGAUGGUUUUCCAGGAAAACCUGGCCCCAAGGGAGUGGAAGGUCCUCCAGGCCCAAGAGGCAAGGCUGGGGAGAGGGGAGAAGCUGGUCUGCCAGGAGAAUCAGGUGCCAUUGGGCCUAAAGGGGGAAAAGGCGAACAGGGUGAAGAAGGCAGGGAUGGGGCUGCUGGACCAACUGGGCAGAAAGGGGACAAGGGUGAUAUCGGACCCCGAGGACCACCUGGAGAGCCGGGAAAUGUAAUUCCCGAGUUUGGGCAACAAGGGAAGCCUGGCGAGAAGGGCGAGAGGGGAGACAAGGGCAGCCCUGGGGAACCGGGUCAAAGGGGACUUCCUGGUGAACAAGGACAAAGGGGUCCACAAGGACCACUGGGUCCAAAGGGAGAACCGGGUCUCAAAGGGCAAGCUGGGCAAAACGGGGAGCCAGGUCCACCAGGGCUGACCGGACCUCAGGGUCCACGUGGGUUACCAGGCAAUGUCGGCGUUCCGGGAAACGUGGGCCCCCCCGGUACAGAUGGUCUGAAGGGUGAGAAGGGUGAACCAGGAAAAGAUGGCCAGCCUGGUCCUUCGGGGAGAUCAGGGGAAGCGGGGGUACCUGGAUUGCCUGGCAAAGGGAAGGAUGGGCACCCAGGAGAUCCUGGACCACCUGGCCUGCCCGGACCUCAGGGAAUGAAGGGCCCACCUGGACCACAGGGCAUGCAGGGACUUCCAGGAAGCAGAGGCCCCCCUGGGGAGGCAAUAACAGGCCCCACGGGACCCCCAGGACCUCCCGGUGAAACAGGGCCAGCGGGUGUUAGAGGUCUGCCAGGAAGUCUGGGACCGCAGGGUCCUCCUGGGCACGAUGGUUUACCGGGACGGCCUGGUGAAAAGGGGUCCCAAGGGGAACCUGGAAAAGCAGCUGACUUGUCAGAGCUGGAUUUGAAGGACGUAUGUUCAGAUUGCCCUGCAGGACCCCCAGGGCUGCCUGGCAUGCCGGGAUUACCGGGGGACAAAGGCAUUGCGGGACCCCCGGGAAAAGAGGGCCAAGAUGGACACCCGGGUCCUGCUGGGUCUACAGGUCCUGCUGGGCCUCCAGGAGCCGAGGGGACAAAGGGUAUGAAAGGUGACCGAGGACCUGCAGGUGCUCCUGGAGACAAAGGUGAAAAGGGACUUCCAGGGGCGCCUGGAUACCCAGGGGCUGCAGGCUUAGUCGGGCCUCAGGGUACCGAUGGUCAGCCAGGACCAAUGGGUCCUCCAGGUCCACCUGGAGAGAAGGGCAAAGAUGGUCUUAAAGGAAUCCAGGGCCCGCCCGGUUUACCUGGAUUAAUGGGGAUUGCUGGGAAAAUGGGGAAGGAUGGAAGGCCUGGUGAGCAAGGGGAACCGGGCAAACAAGGAGAACCAGGACCCCAAGGCAGAGAUGGACUCAGAGGGCUUCCUGGAUUUAAAGGGCCCAGGGGGGAACCUGGCCCCCCAGGAUCUCAGGGUGAAGAAGGCAGAGCAGGCCCCCCGGGACGGGAUGGUAAUUCCGGGAAAGAUGGUGUUCCUGGUCCUCCAGGGCCGGAGGGUCACAUGGGCCAACGAGGGGAACCGGGGAAACCUGGUGAACCCGGCCCGUCUGGAAAGCAAGGAUCUCCUGGAAUGCCAGGUGUUAAGGGCCAGAAAGGAGAUGCCGGAAGCCCAGGAUUGCCUGGAUUUAUCGGCCCCAAAGGACCCUCUGGAUCACCUGGUCCAGCAGGAGCUGAAGGAAAACACGGAAUGCCGGGAAAACCAGGAGACCGUGGUUCCAAGGGUGAGCGGGGAGAUUCAGGCAUAAAGGGAGAUAAAGGAGUACCUGGAGAUCCAGGGCUACCUGGAAAUCCCGGAACUCCAGGUAGAAAAGGCCACACGGGUAUGAUGGGCAUGUCAGGGCCCCCAGGAGAGGUGGGACCUGCUGGGCCACAGGGACCAACUGGACAGCCAGGCUUUCCGGGCCCUCGGGGAGAACCAGUAUCCCUAGAACAAAUGCGAAGGCUAAUCGAAGAGGAACUAUCAAAACAAUUAGACGCCAAGCUUGCCUACCUCAUGGCCCAGAUCCAGCCAGCUCAUGUGAAGAACAGUGUUGGCCGGCCCGGACCCCCAGGUCUUCCCGGGAAAGAUGGAACUCCAGGCCGACCUGGGCUCCCUGGAGAGCCAGGAAUGCCCGGCCCGAACGGAGGUGAUGGGCUAAGAGGACCGAUGGGUCCCAAAGGUGAACGAGGGUCUAAAGGUGACAGAGGUGAAGCUGGUGUUGGAGUACGGGGAGAAGUUGGUCCCCCUGGUCCUACAGGUCCGGCAGGGAUUCCAGGAUAUGGCAAAGACGGGGUGCCAGGGACGCCUGGAGUUCAGGGAGAGCCAGGAAACCCCGGACCUCACGGUUCUUCUGGGCCACCAGGACCCACUGGCCAGUGUGACCCUUCCCAGUGUGCCUACUACGCCAGCCUGGCCGCUCGGCCCACCAAUGUCAAGGGGAAUUAGAGGACAGGAGGUGGCGAGGGGGCCCAUUUACGAACUUAAUAUUUCAUUGAACAAAGAACUGUUCUUUAAAAAAAUAAUGAUAACCUCAUUGGGCUGAUUGGGGGAGGUGUG